AGAAAAUUGCAAAAAUGUUAAAUUUAAAUUGUGUGAUCUGUGCGGAACUUUUUACCCAGUCCGAUGAUGUGCAUGUAACCACUUGUGGGCACAUGUUUCACUUUCUCUGUCUUAAACAGUGGUUGGAAAGAUCAAAAACCUGCCCACAAUGCCGUAACAAAUGUUCCGAUCGCAAUAUAUUUCGGGUUUACUUUAAUUUAGCCAAUUUGGAUGUCAGUCGCAUUGAUGUCGGUUCACUGCAGGAACAGUUGGACAAUGCAAAUCUCCAGCUGAAAAUGAAAGAAAAAGAACUAAACAAAGCCGAAGAACAAAUCAAAAGUGCUAAGGAAACACAAAAGAAAUGCAUGAAAACAAUAGCCGGCUUAGAAAAAGAAGUGAAGAGUAACAAUUUUGUUGUGCUCAAUUAUGUUGAAAAGAUUAAAGUCCUGCAAAAUCAAGUCAAAACAAUGGAUAGUCUACGAGAUGAGGUGACUAGUUUAAAGGCACAAAUUGAUUCCUUAAAUGGUAUCAAUACACUACUUACAGCUUCAAUGGCUGAUGCUGAAAAACUACUUAAAACCGAAAGUGAUCCAAAGGUAUUGUCGGUGUGUAUAGCAACACUGAAAAGAGAAUUACGAGUGUGUGAACAUAAAAAGGCUGAUAUACGCAAUCAAUUGAAGGCAGUACAAAAUGAUUUGCGCAAGGAACGUGAUAUACACAAAAGUCUAGAAGAACGCAUAUCCCAAUUGGAAAGUGAAAAUUACAAUCUUUUGGAAAAGGUAAGAUAUAUCAAUUCCAAAGAUUCAAAAAGCAACACAUCCAGUUCAAGUUUGGACACAUUACAAAAAACUCCAUUUGCCAAAGUCAAAGAAGAAAAGCGUUAUACUAUUUCUCCUACAAUUAAAGAAAAUAUUAAAAAGAUUGAAGAAUCAUCCUCCCCCUAUUUAAAUAUAAAAUCUAGCAGUGUCGGUUUAGUGCCACUCUUCAAACGCAACCUCGACAAUCCGGCCAAACCACCAGAGGUGGGACACAAGGUUACAACAGCAAAAAUAACCACACUUAAAAUAUCACCCAGUAAAACAGCUGGCGCUGUACGAAAAGCUAAAAGUGAUUUGGGUGAAAAGUACUCAAUAUUUAAGAAGCCAAGAUUAGGAUUGUCAGCAGCUGCUGGAGCUGGCGCCAAAACAUCGUCAAUGAAACCCUUAGGACCCAAUUUCGUUUUCAAUGGUUUUGGUGGUUCGGAACGUGUUGAUCCAUUUGCCGAAUCAAACGAUAAUGAUGAUGUCAUCGAAAUUGAUGCCAAAUCAUCAGAGGCAGAGAGCAAUGCAGUACCUUCAACAAAACUAAGCAUUCAUAAUCGUUUAAAGACUGGGGGCUUGCGCAAUUUUAAAUUGGCCAAAUAA